CUCAAAACUCGUUUGAAAGAUUUGACAAUAUAAUUGAACAAGAUGACAUAAAUUUAAAAGUAACGUAAAUAAUAUAUUGGCAAUAUUAUUUCAUUCAAUGCUUGCACAAAUGGCAAUUGACUAAGUGUGUUAUACAGUAUCAGGGCUCCCAGGAAUUGGGUUGAGUGUCAGGUGUUAUCUAUGCGAUGCAAUCGAUUUACUACAAUUUAAAGAAUGGACUGCAAGAUCUCAGGCCACAAAAGCAAAUCGUCACUAGACAAUCUGCUGCUAUUAGAACUGAUGUUAAACGAAAUUCAAAGGGUGAUAAUGUACCAAGUUCUCAUCUGCCAAAGUUAGCCACACUUUACAACAAGCGACCUUCUGAUAACAACAAGAAACUUUUAAUCUGGAGCACCGCAGAUAAGAAUCGAGAGAUCAGAAAAUCGAAGAAUAUAAGAGCCGCAUCCACUGUCGUCCCUCGAGGCAAAUCGGUAAUUAUACAAUCGCAUGACAGAAAAAGUAAGUCCAGAGUAUCUCACGUUAAGCCGACUAAGACUCGAGCGGAGCCAAAGAUGAAGGCACCCGAUCUGACCAGUGGUACAAUUAAAACCUGUGAUUCAGACCACGAAGGCCGACUUAUCAUGAAGGAGAAUUUUCGCUUGCACGUGGAUAAGAUGUUCAAUUUGCUAUUUUCGAGCACAUCGACUUUCUUCUCAGAGUUCCAUAAUAAGCGAAACACCACGGAUCUUUGUAUUGGUCCCUGGAAGAACGGCAAGGCUGGCGAGCAGGUGCGCACUGUCAAUUUAACCGUUGCCCUCCAAGCAAACGUCGGCCCCAAGACCUCCAAGGUCAGCGAGUACCAAACACUGCGAGCUUGCAGCACGCCCGGACAGCUCUACUCCAUAGACGUGUGCCUGCGUGACGAGCUACAGCAAGAAGUGUCCAAAAAGGAGCACAAAUGAUUCGACUAUCGAAUACGAUCGAAGCUAGACGGGUCUUGCUCACCCUGGACAUUAGCUGAAUCCACAUUCUUGAUAGAUACGAUGUCUCUGACAUUGUGUUAGCUCAAUCUGAUUUCAGGGGGCUCUUUGCUCGUGAUCCAAUUAAAUAAGCCCAUCUUGUUAUUUAUGUUUAUGUUA